CUACUCAAACAGUGGUCAAGUGGAUUUAGAGGGUUUUGCAUCUGAACUCUACAUGUGUUGAGCAGCUCUUCAUAGUCUGUAUUUGUGUCUGUAGGAUGGAGACUCUUGUGCAUUCCUGUGGCCUGUCCUCCAUGUUGCUGUUGCUGCUUCUGGAUGCUCAAGUAAGGGCCGUUCCCCAACUCCAACACCACACAUCUCCGACUACACCAUGUGAUGCCACUGACGCUGUUCGGGUGGACCUGUCCAAUCACAAUCUGACCUCUGUGCCCUCCUCCACCAUUCCAAAGAACACCUGUUACUUGGACUUAUCCUACAACAGGAUUUCUGAGCUUCGGAGUGAUGACUUGGCCCAGCUCUGUGACCUGCGUGUGCUGAGGAUGGUGUCCUGUGGUCUGUCCAAAAUAUCGCCUGAUGCUUUAAGGUAUAACCCAAAGCUUCAGGAGCUUCAUCUUGCCUCCAACAAACUCACAGUCAUACCAGAGCUGCCAGCAAUUCGCCGGCUGUCCAUCUUAGAUUUGUCUGACAAUGUCUACGCAUCUUAUGCUCUGGGAAAGUCCUUCCAGGAGCUGAAAAGCCUUGAAACGCUUUCUCUUGGGAGUCCAGUCGCUGCAAGGAUCAAUUGCUCCGACUUGGCUUCAUUAGAAGGACUCCCACUGAAGCAGCUCAGGCUUGGGGCUGGGGUUGAGCUGAGUGGGUACCAGUCUGGUUCGCUCUCUCGGCUAAUACAUCUGGAGGAAGUAAUACUGAACAUGACAUUCUGCGACUGUCAGCAAGCUUUCAAGAACAUCCUCAAGGACCUGGUCAGCACUAGGGUGGCAAGGCUAACGUUGGUUAGGUUUCUUCCAUCACUAUGCAACGUGUCAUCUGACCUCUUUGUAGGACUGAGGAACUUCACUCAAUUGCGAUGGCUCACCUUCAAGGAGGUCUGGUUCAAUAGCUCCACGCUGGUACAAACCAUGUCCAACGUCCUCCAGUCUCCCAUCGAAGCCCUGGUCUUCCUAAACAUGACCUACAAUGAGGACACGGCUGAUGGUUUUCAUUUGUUUGACAUUGCAACGCACAGCAGACUUGGACAACUUAGGGCGAUGAUUUUCAAUCAUUACGUUUACCACAGUCUUCAAUAUAUUUUCAAAUACCCUGAGGUCCAGGUGAAUACGUCUCUCUUUUCCGGCCUGAAGAAAGUACAAUUUUCUGAUGCUGGUAUAAAUGUAAUGCCUUGUGGUCUUCUGGGCAACCUGCCUGCUUUGGAGGUACUAGAUCUGUCACACAACCUACUGAAGCCAACAGGCCUGUGGUAUAAAUGUCCAGACACAGAUAUAUUCCCAGCCCUCAGUGCUCUCAUCCUGAGGGGUAAUGCGUUUGAAGAUCUUUCAGACGUUGCAAAGUAUAUCGGAGAAUCUAUGAAGUCUCUGAGGAAGCUGGAUUUGAGUAUCAACCCUGUGAAGUUGCACAGUCUCCCGUCUUGGCCCUCCUCCUUGCAUUAUAUAUCCCUAAGCGAUACUGAGUUGGGUCAGAACGUGUUUGGCCACCUGUCCCCAAACUUCUUCUUUGUUAACCUAUCCAGAGCGUCCAUUGAGACUCUGGACACGGACUCGCUUGUGAGUCUCACACAGCUGAAGACCCUUGUUCUCACCUCCAAUCACAUAGAGGGGCUGCCUCUGAAUCUGUCUCUGCCACAGUUGGAGGAGCUUUAUGUAGACAACAACAAGAUAAGCUCUUUUGACCUGAAGUCUUUCAGAGGGUUGCCAAAGCUCAAGAGAGUCCAUGCAGGCCAUAACCCCUUUGUCUGUGACUGUGCUCUACACACGUUUUUGACUCUAUUCAAUGAGUCUAUGCUGGUGGGUUGGCCAUUCGACUACAGGUGCCAUUCCCCAAGCCACCUAGCCGGGACCCUCUUGAAGGAGUUCCACCCCAGCGUGGUGUCCUGUAAUCUCUGGAUACAGACCUCCAUCGGCCUGACGGUGGUCCUCGUCCUGUGUGGGGUUCUGGCCUGGGUCUUCAGGGCCGUGGAUGGAGCGUGGUACCUGCGCAUGGUAUGGGUGUGGCUGGCCGUCAAGCGACGAAGUCAGAGGGACAGGGACAGCCGAUUGGCAAGAGUCAUAUUCCGCUUUGACGCCUUCAUCUCGUACAGCCACAGCGAUGCAAACUGGGUGGAGACGCAGCUGGUGCCGCAUCUGGAGGGCGCAGGACUCCACUUGUGCCUCCACGAGCGCGACUUCCUGCCUGGGCGCUGGAUCAUCGACAACAUUGUGGACAGUGUGGAGCAGAGUCGCCGCGUGCUCUUUGUGCUGUCGUGCAGCUUCGUGCACAGCGAGUGGUGCAACUACGAGCUGUUUUUUGCUCAGCACCAUGCCCUCGGCGAACGACACCGGCUGCGGCACCGGGCGCUGGACUCCCUGGCGUUUGUGCUGCUGGAGCCCAUUCCACUCGACUCCCUGCCACGGAAGUUCCUUCGUCUGCAGGCACUGCUGCGUCGGCGGACCUACCUGCAGUGGCCGGUGGAGGAGCAGGAGGCCAAGCGACGGCUGUUCUGGGCCAGCCUCAGGGCGGUGCUGGGCUGCAGCCGGGGAGGAGGCAGCCUGGUGCUGAGACAUGGCGCUGAGGAGAUGAUGCAACUGUGCCGGACUGCUGCUGCACACAUGGAUGAAACUAAACUCUAUCUUACCACCACUACAAAUGAGGAUGAUAGCUCUGCCUAACUACCACUACACACAAGGACGAUAGCACACAACCCUGCCUGACCACUGCUACACACAAGGAUGGUGACACUGAUCUCUACCUGACAACUGCCACACACGAGGAGUAUGACACUCUACCGCUACUGGAUGAUUGAUAAUGGAAAGGAAUGAAAACAGGAAGCUUACCCAGGAAAAAAAAUAAAAGUUCCUCCUUAAAGUAGGGAAAAGGUUUGGACAACUCACUCUGAUCCCAUUUGUAUCAAUAUUUAUGAUCCGACCAUCAUGCAGGACAUUCAUAAAAGUAAGAGUAUGCACAUCCCCUCUGAGGCCAGGUGCAGGAC